AUGGCCACGACAUCACCGGGAGAUCCGCCGCCUGAGACGACGAUGAGCUCUGAAGUCAUCUGCGAACUUUUCUCACCCGAGGCUGCAAAAGCCGCACUCGAAAAAAGCCUCGACCAGACACCCAGGCCUAGAAAGGCACGCAUGGAACAAGUCGAUCAUGCACUUGUCAUCCUAUCGAGCAAAUUUCCCGAUAUCGCUGCAUCCUUUGAGCGCGCGAAAUCCGACCACAUCACUCUCACUGCGUACGUCACCGAGCACUUGGAUGCAAUUGAAGCGUUUCUGCAGGGACGAGAGAUGGAAGAGGAUACUCGAAAGACGCUGUGCGCCAACUUGAGCAGUGUGCAUGGUGCGUUGAAAAACACUGCAAAGUGGCGCAAUGACGUCGAAAAGCAACAGCUUCCGCGCGUGGAGAGGAGAGCAAUUGCGGUUUUCCUCCUCUUUUGUCAAGAACUAAAGGAAGAGUGGGAAGAUAGGUGGUGUUUACUGAGAGACAGACUUGGGGAUGACGCCUUGGCCAAAGAAGAGGAUGCACAUGCGACUCACCAGUGUGGUGGUGGAAGCGACUUUUUAUGUGCCCAUCAUCGUUUCGAAUACCAGGUCAAGGAAAUUGAACAGAGAUUGAGAAAGCUAACCCGCCGAGCGUUGCACAAGCAGUUUGAAAAGCUGCUAUCUGCACUGUUGCGCUACGAACAAGCUUGCAAGGCUUUGUUACCGGAACUUGAAGCAUUCGACCGCCUUGUGAGCAUCUUCCAAGACAUGGGAGACAAACCUCUGACACCUGAAACUGUUCAAAUGAUUACUUCACCUCUAGAGGAUGUUAAAUUGGAACAUAAAGCUGCUAUGCGCGUGUACAAGCAGCAGAAGAGGCUUACCGAGCUUAAAGUGUCUAAUGAUCGUCAAAAAUCCGAUCUGGAAGAGUUAUCUUGUUUGUACGCACUAAUAACCUCGUCGUACAAGUAUGACUUGGAGGAAUUUCGAACAACAUACUCUCGAUUCUUUCACGCAGAGUGCAAUUGCCCACAUGCUCUGCCUGAGAGUAACGAAGAUUGCGGUCAGUCUCGUUGGCCAAAGUAUCCGAGUCUGAUGUGGAUAGGGGAGGCUAUCGAUCAACUUGUUCCAUUGAAGUCCGCAUCCAAGGCUGAGAUUUACCUUCAAUUCUAUUCAGCAGCUCGAGACUUCGAUUUGGGUCUCAGAGAAUUUCACAAAUUUCGAGAUCACAACAAAAACAACUUGUACACUGACAUCGAUGAAAGAAACGAAGAUGGCACGCUUCAGCACGCCAAGAUUUGGUCCGCGAUGGUCAAUUUCGAAUCGUUCCUUCUGAACUCCCUGAACGGUUAUCAGCGUUUACACGACAUAUACCAAGAACUCAAAGAUAAAAUUGCAGUGUCUUCGCAACUGUCCAUGCCAAGCUCUGCCACAGUCAAAACCAGCAAAGCGGUCGUCUUUCGGUGUUUUACAUACCUAGCUGUUAUGCGCGACCAUUUCAGUAACCUGCUGUAUGUGGGGCUUUUGCAGAGUCGAAAAGAUCCUGAAUAUAUGAAGAACGAGAUAGACUGGACGUUCUUCGAUCACGACACGCGUGCGCUGUGGCAUACUUGUCGAGACUCAAUUUAUAAGCGUCAUAGCAAACUAGCAAAAGUUCUUUUCGGCUCAAUGGAAGGAUCUGAGAGCAAAGAAAAUUGUGCAGACAGCGAAGAACACAUACAGCGCUGUCUAGAAGGCCAGGUUUUGAUGAGAGAGACCAUGUCUCAGGGAUCAGAAUGCUACAUGAUGAAUUGCGAUCGGCUCGAAACGCGGAUGGACAUUCUCAAGAGCUAUUCCAAUGCGUACUUGGGAAACGAUAUUGCACAGGCACUGAACGAAUACCUCGACAAGCACACAAAGGAUGUUGUUGCAGUUACGCGACACUUUGGAGCUAUGAUUGAGGUUACACAAUGCGAGGAGCCGAUUUAG